AGUGGCAGAGAGGGCCCUGAAGAGAAUGCAGCAAUGGAGUUGCCUCCUCCGGGACACCGGAGGGUUUCCAUCAGUAACCCUCAAGAGACAUCGGGCAGGGUUCCCACCACCCCAGCCGCAUUUCCCAGCCAUCCAUCUAAUAUCUCUUCUGUCUCCUCGAAGCGCUCCGUCCAAUCUUCCGUCUAUAGACCUUCCAUCAUGAGCAACCGCAGCUUGGGGACCCAGUCCCUGCUGCCGAACCCCAUUAUCCAGAAGAGCUCCCUCAACCCCCCGGGUUUCCUGCAGAGCAAAACAUCCAACGUCUCUUCAGUCCGAUAUGCUGAUGAAGAAGGAAAACCACUCACAGAGAAGGACAAGGACAAAGAGAAGGGCAAGGGCACAGGAACUCGGCUGCUGAACAUGCUAAGGAAAACUCUUCAAGGGUCUCAGAGUGAUGAAAUGGUUGUAGCAAAUCAAACACAGAAUUUGAUACCAUUUGGAGAUGUGGUGGGCUGUCUGGCGAUUCAUAUAAAGAGCUGUAGACAGUUUACUCAGCGUUUCAUCGCCCAACAGCAUUUUAAUCUGUUCAUGCGUAUCUCCGUAAACCACAUUGUGAAAUGUACAAAAAUUCGUCACUUGAAAGCUGUUAAUAACGAGAAGAACCUUGUACUUAAGUUCGAUGAGGUGAAGUAUUUUUCUGUACAGGUUCCCAGACGUCAAGAUGAUGAGCGGAAUUAUAUUUACUUGGAACUAAUGCAAGAUGCAGGAGAUUCAGAAAAGCUUCCUUAUCCCUUAGGCAAUGCGGAAUCACAUCUUUAUGAAGUAAUACAGAAAGGCUGUUUUACUGAAGUAAUGCAGAUGAUGCGUAGAAACACCCCUAUCUGCAGGGUGGAAGUGGAAUUUAUGUUCUCCUAUGGAAACUUCGGUUAUGGAUUUUCACAUCAGUUAAAACCUCUUCAGAAAGUCAUUGAACCAUCUAUGUUUAUGAAAAUUACACCUCCUCCAGAGAGAACAGACCCUGUCACAAAUAUUAUUACCCCGCAACGAGUGGAAUAUCCAGCAUUCUUAUCCCCAGAAUUUAAUGUUAACAUUGGGGGUCCUGAAACCAGCCAGGCAACUGUGGUGCAACUUGAAAAACUCCGAGAGAAGCCCCGGGAAAGAUUGGAAAGAAUGAAAGAGGAAUAUAAAAGUAUGAAUACAUGGAUAGAAAAAGCAGAUUAUUUAAGAAAUCUUAUUAAUCCAAAACUGUUAAAAAAAGACUCUAAGGGAAGUGUUGAGCCGUCUGGAUCAAAUUCUAGUGUAUUAGAAGAGCUUGAAAGAACGACACAUGAUAUUCAUUACAGAAAAUCUGAAGCUAUUUCAAACGAGUUAGUGGAUUACAGUGAUAAGGAAGGCCGGGUCAUACCAGUUUUAAAGCUGUUGGACCAAAAUUAUUCAGAGUUCUCUUUACCCAAAAGUGGUGACUCAACACCGCCGGAAGAUGUCACGCUGCCCCCCAUUCAUACCCUGCAGAUAAUAGAAGAGGAUGAAAUGCCACGUGUGCCAAACACUUCUGAACUAGAAGACAGGCCACAUGAAGACAGGAAAAGUGUAAUUUUUUCAUCGGAUGAAGAACUAAUGCCCAAACAUCCAAGCAUUUUAAAAAUAAACCCAUCUCUACAAGAGAAUAGGCGUAAAAUGGAAAAAUCUCCACAUUUUUCGGAUGUGUUAAUAAUACCUGAUAAACCUGAAGAACUAAACACAAAUAAGAAAGGGAGACCUUCCAUCGAGUUAAGGAAAUCUUGGGAAAGGCAUCCUACUGACAUUGUCUGUAGUCUCCGAAAGGUGGCUUUUGCACAAAAAGAGUACGCCAUACCAGUUUGCAAAGCAGAAACUACAGAAUUCAAACCCAAACAUCAGUUUCAGAAACUCAGCAGGAGUGGUCUUGAUCCUUUUCUAAGAAACUUAAACAGCAAAAUGCCAUUCAGAAAGAAGAAAGAUCACGAGGACGGAUACAGACAUCCAAGCACGUUAAGUACAGAGAUUUUAGAGCACGAAGAUCAAGAUCCUCCUUACCCGGAACACCCAGGAUCUGCAGGAUCUGAUCCAAUACGGACUGAAAAUCCUAGACCUUUCACAGUCCAGAUGGGAAACAAGAAGAAUAGCUUGCCUCCUGACCCCAUCACAGCCACGGUGAUCUCAGACAGGAGGAAUAGGCUGUUGUUUGAUAGUACUUUCAACUCAGAAAACAAUUCAAAUACAAAGAGCAUCUUUGCAAGUGAUAAUCCUGUUGUCAGCCUAACAAAGCUUUCAGAUUCUGAUAAUAAACUGUUAACUGAUUCUAGUUUUAAUACAAUGAAGCCUUCAAAUAGGAGGCUGUCCAGGGAUUCAAGUUCCAAUAUAAUAAAGCCUUCAGAUGGUAAGUUAGGCAGUGAAUGUAGUUCCAAUACAACAAAGCUUUCAGAUAAGAGGCUGUCUAGUGCUCCUAGUUCUGGUACAACAAAGCCUUCAGAUACUAAGCUCCUCAGUGAUCCUAGUAACAGUAAGUUGUCCCGAGAUCCUAGUAGCAAUGGAACACAGCUUUCAGGUUCUAAUAGAUUGUCCCAUAACCCUAGUAUCAAUGGAAACAAAUAUUCACAUACUUCAGAUCUUAAUAAGGUAUCCCGUGAUCCUAGCUUCAUUUCAACCAAGUCUUCAGAUCUUAACAAGUUAUCACAUGAUCCUAGCAUCAUUUCAACAAGGUCUUCAGAUCCUAACAAGUUAUCCCAUGAUCCUAGCUUCAUUUCAACAAAGUCUUCAGAUCCUAACAAGUUGUCACGUGAUCCUAGCAUCAUUUCAACGAAGCUUUCAGAUCCUAACAAGUUGUCACGUGAUCCUAGCAUCAUUUCAACAAAGCUUUCAGAUCCUAACAAGUUAUCACAUGAUCCUAGCUUCAUUUCAACAAAGUCUUCAGAGCCUAACAAGUUGUCACGUGAUCCUAGCAUUAUUUCAACAAAGCUUCCAGAUGCUAGCAAGUUGUCACACGAUCCUAGUAUCGUUUCAACAAAGUCUUCAGAUCCUAACAAGUUUUCCUAUGAUCCUAGCUUCAUUUCAAAAAUGUCCUCAGAUGCUAACAAGUUUUCCCGUAAUCCUAGCAUCAUUUCAACAAGGUAUUCAGAUCCUAGUAAGUUGAGCAGUGAUCCUAGCAUCAUUUCAACAAGGUUUUCAGAUUCUAGUAAGUUGAGCAGUGAUCCUAGCAUCAUUUCAACAAGGUUUUCAGAUCCUAGUAAGUUGAGCAGUGAUCCUAGCAUCAUUUCAGCAAGGUUUUUAGAUCCUAGUAAGUUGAGCAGUGAUUCUAGCAUCAUUUCAGCAAGGGUUUCAGAUCCUAGUAAGUUGAGCUAUGAUUCUAGCAUCAUUUCAACAAGGUCUUCAGAUCCUAACAAGUUAUCCCAUGAUUCUAGCAUCAUUCCAACAAAGCUUUCAGAUCCUAACAAGUUAUCCCGUGAUCCUAGCUUCAUUUCAACAAAGCUUUCAGAUCCUAACAAGUUAUCCCGUGAUCCUAGCAUCAUUUCAACAAAGCUUUCAGAUCCUAACAAGUUAUCUCGUGAUCCUAGCAUCAUUUCAACAAAGCUUUCAGAUCCUAACAAGUUAUCCCGUGAUCCUAGCUUCAUUUCAACAAAGCUUUCAGAUCCUAACAAGUUAUCCCGUGAUCCUAGCAUCAUUUCAAAAAAGUCUUCAGAUCCUAACAAGUUAUCCCGUGAUCCUAGCAUCAUUUCAUCAAAGUCUUCAGAUUCUAACAAGUUAUCCCGUGAUCCUAGCUUCAUUUCAACUAAGUCUUCAGAUCCUAGUAAGUUGAGCCAUGAUCCUAGCUUCAUUUCAAUAAAGUCUUCAGAUCCUAAUAAGUUUUCACGUGAUCCUAGCAUCAUUCCAGCAAAGCUUUCAGAUGCUAACAAGUUAUCCCGUGAUCCUAGCAUCAUUUCAACAAGGUCUUCAGAUCCUAACAAGUUAUCCCAUGAUUCUAGCAUCAUUUCAACAAAGCUUUCAGAUCCUAACAAGUUAUCCCGUGAUCCUAGCUUCAUUUCUACAAAGUCUUCAGAUUCUAAUAAGUUUUCACGUGAUCCUAGCAUCAUUUCAACAAAGCUUUCAGAUGCUAACAAGUUAUCCCGUGAUCCUAGCAUCAUUUCAACAAAGCUUUCAGAUCCUAACAAGUUAUCCCAUGAUCCUAGCAACAUUCCAACAAAGCUUUCAGAUCCUAACAAGUUAUCCCGUGAUCCUAGCAUCAUUUCAACAAAGCUUUCAGAUCCUAACAAGUUAUCUCAUGAUCCUAGCAUCAUUUCAACAAAGUCUUCAGAUCCUAGUAAGUUGAGCCGUGAUCCUAGUAUCAAUGCAAGAAAGUCGUCAGAUACUAGUAAGUUGUCACAUGAUCCCAGUGUCAUUUCAACAAAGGCUUUAGAUGGUAACAGUAGAUUGCCAAGUGGCAGUCCUGUCAAUUCAGAUACUACUACCAACAUAGCAAAACCUCCAGUUACUAAGGAUCCUGCUAUCUCCACAGUAGACUCUUCAGAUAAACAGGGUAAGUUAGAAGAGUGUCUCCAAAAUGUGUCUUUAUCAAAUGUCCAAAGAGCAUCAUCAGUGACUGAAAAUGUAAACAUGCAUCGCCCCUCAAGCUCAAUAAAUUUUACCUCUGAUAUUGAAAAUUUAAAACAGUCAAUAGUACUCAAAUCCAUUUUAAGUAAAAACCUGCAAGACCUUUCAGACGAGUUAUUUUCUAAAGCAGAAGUCUGCACAACUGAAAGCUGUUCUCCAUCUCCAAAUGUGCACAACAGGCCAUCUGAUACUACAGAUGACAGAGUGUUUGAAAAAGUCCAAGAUAUAAACAGCUGGCGUUCAUCAAAAGACCUUCUAAAUUCUCAGGUUCUUUUAAGUCCUGUAGUUAAAAAUAGUCCUCAAAAUUUACUUCCAGAAGGUGAACCAGGAAAAUCUUCAGACAUAGAAGAUUAUGUCUCUGAAAAAGUCUUAGAGGCUGCUGAAAGAAAUUUUCCAAUGAACAGAAAGAGUACUUUCAAGAAAAAACAUUUAAUAAGUGAAGAAUCUGGCUCUGAACGUCUUUUAAAUAGUAGCAUAUAUGAGUACAUUAUCAAGCAAAUAUUCACUGCACCCAUAUUCUCACAGCUGGGAAUAGGAACAAAGAGCUCAAGAGAGGCCCAGAUGGACUCACAGGAUCAGUUGCUGACACCUUGGGAGAGUCUUCGUAGAAUUAACUAUGAAGAAAAAGGCAAUGAAGUUCAUUUGUCACAGUCCAAAUCUGUCAUAAGCCAAAUAAUACAGUCCUUUCCUGUAAAUACCCUUUUAGAAUCUGGGAUAAUCAAAGUUAUAGAACUAAAUAAAGAACACCAGAACUCUUUGUUGGACUCACAGACAACCUCUUCCACAGAGCAGUAUUCUGAAAUGAAAAGUCAAAUAAAACUAAUUUCCAGACAGAAUACAUCUAGCAUCGACCCCUCAGACUCUUCUGUGAGUGGAGCUGAAUAUACCGAAGACUGCCAAAGUAUAUCCACACAGGCGUCAAAAUGCCUAAUGCCAGAUGCAAAGGCAGACUCACCAACUGACACAGAGGAGACAGAGCUAGAUUCCAACGUAGAAAGUUCAAGCAGCUCACUGGAUAAAGUUAAAGACACAGACACAGCAAUGUUAAAGUCCUUACUAAAAAAUAUAUUCAGUAUUUUCUUCAAAUACAAUCAGUCUGAAAAAAGACAACAACCAGAAAAAGAGUCAGAAAGUCUAAUUAAACAUUCUUCAUCAAGUGUCACAGAACACUUAGAAAAAACUCAAGAGAAUUUUAAUAAAGUAGACAAAAAAGUAGACAGGAAACCCAUUUUGAAUCCAAAGCUGCGUGUGUUUUUAGAGAAACUCUCGGAGACAGAAGUAAAAAAUUUGAAGACUGAGUUGAGUAAACACAUUCAGCGUUACCUUGUUGAAAGACUCACAGAAUCAGGCCACAUCACCAAGGAGGACUUACCAACAAUCUACCACAAGCUCUAUCUGAUAAACGAGAAAGCAGAGUUAAAAGAGCAAAUUCCCUUUCAGGAGAAAUACUCAGACACUGUAAAAGAAAUCAUGUCUUUUGUAAAUAAUUUUAACCAUCAUUUCAUAGAUAAACAUCUAGAAGCAAAGCUUAGAGCUUUUCUAAGUGAAAUUCUCCAAAAUUAUUUCCUAAAGAAUCUUUCAGUGAGCAAUUUAUUUAAUGAGACAGAUGCUAUGGCUCUCCAUGCCAGCAUGUCCCCCGCAAGAAGCAAGAGUGAGCUAGGGCAAGACAUUGCAGAUGGAAAUUUUGGUCCAAGCCUAAAAAUAAACAUGAAAUACCCUGUAAGCAAAUCUCUACAAAAUUAUCUUCAAGAUUUAUCAGAAAGUGAAUUAUUAAGUCUAAAGGCUGAUUUGAGCAAAUACCUCCAGGUCCUCUUUUUAGAAAAACUUUAUAAGUCAGGAUUGAUGACAGAAAGGCAACUAAAGGGGAUAAGCCAGGAAAUUAUCUCACUCCAUUCGCCUCCUAUACCAUUAAAACACUUAAAAACAAAUUUAGCUUUUAGAAAUGAAAGUUACUUUAUGAGAGAGGAUUCAGAAGAGCAAAAGAAAUAUUCAAAAAAUGGUCAAAAUACAGCUUUACAAGCAUUGCUCAAAGGUAAAUGUGGAGAAACAGAACUGUCCAGAAAGGAAGAAAAGGAAAGUUCUUUCUCACAAAAUUUAAAAGAAAACCUACCAACAAUUUGGGAACAGAAAACUAUUUAUUGCAAGGAAGAAGAAAGACUAAAUUUAAUAGAAAUACGAUCUUCCCUCAACAAAAAUAACCAGGCAAAUUCACUAACUAGGUCACCAGAAAGACCUUCAGACACAUCACUUAAGAAACAAAAGAAAGAUCAUGGUUUCAUGCAAUUUACUCAAGUAGAAAGUUCUGCCUACAAAACAGAGAUUCAAGAUCCAUACAGUUGGGAUGGUAGAUCAAAAACAAUUCAAUCAAAACCUUGCUUUGAAAAGACAGGGCAAAUGAAGCAAGUUGACAAAAGGGAGAACAAUAAUGUUUAUAAAUCGACUGCUCAAGAAAAACUUGAUACAGAAUUUUCAUCUUAUCUAAAGCUCCCUAACUGCAAAGUAUCAAAAGAAAAUGAAUCCACAAGCAGGCUCUCCUUCCCUACGUGGCAGACUAACGCCUUCAUUCAUGUCAAACCAGAGAUUGGGGAGCAAUCUAAAUUAGACCACUAUUAUCAGAGACUGAAAGGAAAUAAUAACAACAAUAAAAAACACUUGGUUACAUUUGCACAAUUCAAAGACGAAAUGGAAACUCUUUAUAAAAACCCAUAUGAAGCUUGCAAUGAAAAACGUGCCAAGAUCUCUGAAUCACAGUCCUUUAAAUAUAAAGAACAUGAGAAAAACUCAAGGCCAUUCUUCUUCCCGGAAGUACUGAAGAGAGAAAACACGAAAUCCAAACGAAAAGAGAAAGACCAUGCCACCAAACCCAAGAAGUCAUUUCACAAGAUAGUUAGGUUACUGCCAGUCACACUGCCCACUACAAGACCUCAUCUCCGGAAGUCUGUGCCAAGGAACUUACUUCACUGGACUGCAAGGAGAACUAUACAUGAUUGUUUGGAUAGAUUCGAUGAUUUACACGCACCACCCUCAGUUAAAUGUACUAAAAAAUCAAGAUCAAGAGCAAGACUUUUAGGCAAGAGUCCAGAUGAUUCCCACAAUCAGGCGAAACACUGUGCACGACCAUACACUGCUCCAGAGCCCAACAAACGGCGAGAAAGUGCCACCUGGAAAUUUGCAAGUCCUCGGAUGGUUUCAGCGGGCUUAGUUCACUUGUAUGCCACCCCAGAGUAUGAGAUCCGUAAAAUGCGGUCCAAAAGAAAAUUAAAAGAGGAUAUUGAAAAGCGUCCACUCAUUAGCGAGAUUAUCCAGAUGCUAGACACUGCAGAAUGAUAUGAGGCCACCAAUCAAUCUAAUUUCUCCAUUAACAAAAUGGUUUGGAGAUCUAUCCUUGUGCGGGAUAGAAGUCAGCAACUACAUUUCAUCUUGUCAGACCAUUUUGCUAUAAUUAAAGAGAAAAAUGAACA